AUGCGGCCCGGGCCCGCGCUGCUGCUGCUGGGCCUUGGCCUGGGCCUGGCCGGCCAACCGCCGCCGCGGCCUUCCGGCGUCCCCGGACGCCCCCGGGGACUGCGGCCUUGCGGUGGCCUCCCCCGCCGCUGCCCGCCGCCCUGCCCCGAGUGCGGCGACCCCCCGCACGACGACGAUGACGACGACCUCCACCACCACCACCACCGCGCUGCCAACGCCUCGGACGGCGGGGCCCCGGCGGCCCCCGUGGCCUGCCAGGGUAACACCCCCUGCAGGGUGGAGGUGACCAUCAGCAGGGACACCCCCGGCGGCCCGGUGCUCCAGAGCAGGGAGGCGGCCAUCGACCUCAAUGCCACCGUGAAGUUCCACUGCUGGUACUACCAGCCCAUCAGCCAGCAGUGGCAGCUCUUCUCCGUGCCCUCCGUCAACGACGUGCCCGACUGGAGCCAACCUCUCUACAACCCCUACCUGGAGGAGGGUACGACUCAAAGCACCAAGGUCCACAUCCCGGGGUCCUACCUCCCUUGGGGGGUGUACGUGUUUAAACUCACCGUGGAGGUCCUCACCGAGAAGGAUUUCAAGAUGAUCACGGUGACGGGCUCGGACUUCAUCUACAUCUGGCUCAUUCGAAGAGACCUGAAAGCCGUUCUUCUGGGAGAUGCCGACCUCACCGUUAAUUUCUCGGAUGAGGUGAUCCUGAACGGGACCAUGUCCUCCGACCCCGAUUCCACAGGACCUAUUGAGGGACACCAUUUCGUAUGGUAUUGUACCACCCACGUAGGAAACUAUGCCGGGGGCCAAACAGCGGUGAAGGGAAAGGGCAUCUGUCACCCAGAGCAGGCCAGUCUGAAGUGGCCCUGGGCUUCGGGGGCUGUGCUAACCCUUUCUCCAGAAACACUUAAAGGGGACGCCGUGUAUUAUUUCAGAAUGGUAAUACAGAAGGGUGACAGAACAGCAUUUGCAGAUAAAACAGUUCAUGUGCUGCGCGGUCCUCGCCCCGCGGCCCACAUUUCCUGCCUUGAGAACUGUGACAACAUUUUAGUUGUCUCCGACAGAUUUUCUCUGUUUGUAAAUUGCCUGGCUUGCUGGCGCUUGGAUGCCUAUAAGUGGUCGAUUCUGUCCUCUUCAAUGGAUGAGGUACCGUUUGACUGGACGGGGCAAACUGCGACUGGGAGGAAUAAUGCUUAUUUGUCUAUAAAAACGUUUGCCUUUGAGAAUUUUCCGGAAGCUACAUUUUGGGUGUCUCUCCACCUAGACAGUUGGAGUGGUGCCACCUUGGAUUUAAAGCAUUCUUUCGCCAUCCACCAUGGCCCUCAAUUAGCAGAAUGCAAAAUCGACCCCACUAGAGGGCUUGCAAUGGUUACCAAAUUCGUGGUACAGUGCAGUGACGUUAAGACAAAACAUUUGCCUCUUACCUAUAAAAUAAUAGUUUCUGAUUUGGAUGGAGUUGGUGAAAUUACUUCAGUAAGAGAGAACACCCUGGGCGCCAUUCUGUACUUGGGGCUAGAGACCAUCACCCCCCCUUCCUUUCUCCCUGUGGGCAUGUUGGCCAACAAUUUCACCAUAAAGUUAUACGCUCAGGUGUAUGACAGUCUCCACACUUUUUCUCAGGUGACUUUGUAUGCCACUGUCCGGGCUCCUUCUGACAAAUCCUCUCCAAAGGCGGUGUUGAAUCAGUUACUCAAUGUCACCAGGGGGCCCACUUCCUUGCUGUCUUCCUUACUCCAGAAGCAGAACUGGUUGCCUGCUGGUUAUCUCAUGUAUACAGCAGCUUCUGUUUUGAAUAACAUGAGAAGGGAACCAGCUCUGAAAGGACACAAAGCCGACCUCCAGGCUCUCCUCAUCAAUCAAUCCUUUGGGCUGCCCAUGAGCACGUUGGAUGAGAUCAACCAGGUGGUGGUGGUUCUCUCCAAGCUAACGCAGCGAGCUUCUGAAUUCACUCGCGUGGCUCAGGACCGAGCCCUGGAGAGGCUAGGGCAGGCAAGUCAAGCCUUGCAAGAAUAUCAACGGAAAGCCGGGCGCUCUCACUCGGAGCAGGUAGAAAUACUGAGCACGGGCGUGGUGGCGAGUCUGGCAAAUAUCCUUCAGCAGAUGAAGCACCUGAAGGGGGCCGAAGAUCCUUUCAGUAUACUGGAAUCUCUAUCGGACCUCAUAUUGGCCUCAAAAUUACCAGGGGACGAGAUCACGGUGCUGAAGACCUCCAGCUUUAACCUGUAUCUGGCAAAGGUAGAAAAGCAGGACGUGUCCCAAGCAUUCCUAAACAAGAAACACUGUCCGCACUGUCUCCACGCAACCCUGAAUGUGAGCCGGCUCCCGGGUCUGCCCCCCAAGGCUCCCAUCUCCAUGAUGUUCUUCGAAUUUGCAGACGAUCCCUUUCCUUGGCUAGGCUACCCCGGAGACAUCUCCACGGAGGUGGCUGGGUUUCGAAUGACGGGAAACAUGGAGAAUGGCAGUGUGCUGGAGAUCACGCCCGACGUGGUGGAAGUGUUCCUCCUCAGGAAAAACCUGAACUCCGCCAUGUUCAAUCUCACCGUGGGACCCAGCAGUGAGGCCCACGAGUCCACCAAGACGACCACAGGGGCCUUGAGCUUCUCUAUAGACAGCAGGGAGGAGGGGGAGGUGCUGGUCCACAUCGUGACCCCGGUGACCCUCCUGUUCCAGGUGCUGGUGUACGCGGGCAGCCAGAUCGCCCCCGCCCAUCUGGUGGCCACCUUCCUCGUACCUCAUGACACGCCAGCCGUCGCCCAGCAGAACGACCUGUUUGACCCAACCUGUGCCGUGAAGGAGGCCCGUGUGAUUUGCCUGCCGUCGUCCCUGUUGCAAAUGCUAGCUCAGCACAACCACUCGCCCAAUUACACCCUAUCUCUGGUGCUGAAGGCGCCUCGCUUUGUCCUGGAACCCAACGACAAGCUCGUGAGGCUGUCCAUCUUCACCGCGCGCUGCCUGGACAUGCAGGGCGUCCAGGGGUGGAGGGAGGGGGCCUGCGUGAUUGGGGCGAAGACCGCCUGGGACCAGGUGCACUGUGUCUGCCGGAGCCUGAGGAGGGGCAGGAGGCAGCUGGGCUCGCUCUACCGUCACCUGCACACCUACUAUGUGACCGCCAGCGUCUUUGUGCCCCCGAACCCCGUGGAUCUGCGGCUCGCCGUCAUCAGGAAUGUCAAACAAAACCCCGUGACACUCUUGGUGGUGCUCUUCAUUAUGCUGGUCUACAUAGUUCUAGCUUUCUGGGCCUUGCACAGGGACGCCAUGGACCAGUUUCUCAGGGAUCACGUGAUCAUCUUGCCUGAUAAUGACCCCUACGAUAAUAUCUGCUACCUGGUCACUGUCUUUACAGGAAGUCGUUGUGGGUCAGGGACCAGGGCGGAUGUCUUUGUCCAACUGAAGGGCACGGAGAGUACCAGCGACGUGCACUGUUUGAGCCACCCAUACUUUGCAACUCUGUACGCGGGAAGCAUCAACACCUUCCUCCUGACGACGAAGCGGGACCUGGGCGACAUCCGCUCCAUCCGCGUGUGGCACAACAACGAGGGCACAGCACCCAGCUGGUACCUGAGUCGCAUCAAGGUGGAGAACAUGUUCAGCAGGCACAUCUGGCUGUUCAUGUGCCGUGUGUGGCUGUCCGUGGACACCACGCUGGACCAAACAUUCCACGUGAUGCGGCCCGACGAGCCUCUGCGGCGCCCGGACUUCUUCCUGAUCGACGUGACCAGGAAGCUCGGGAGAAACCACAUGUGGUUCUCGGUGUUCGCCAGCAUCGUGGCUAAGCCCUUCAACAGGCUCCAAAGACUGUCCUGCUGCUUAGCGAUGCUGCUGAGCUCUCUCCUCUGUAACAUUAUGUUCUUUAAUCUGAACAAACAAGAGCAGACCGAGGCGCCGGACGGGUGGUACAUCAGAUCGAUGAUGAUAGGGAUCGAAAGCGUCCUGAUCACCAUCCCCGUGCAGGUGCUCAUUACUUUCUUCUUCACUUACUCUCAGAGGACUCCUCAAGUGAGCCUGGAGGUGGUGGCGCCCCAGAAGCAGCCUUUCCUCGCCAUGCGAGAAGGGGAACACUGGAGAGAUCACUUGGACAAGUGGCACAGGCACGAGACGACCAAGACACCAGCCUCUCCGGGGACGCCUUCAAAGAGCUCUCUCGACGAGGCCUUGCCGACAAAGCCCUGGAGGGGCAAAGGCGAGGCCCAGGACUCGCUGGAUGACAGCAACAGCUUUGAAGAAGACGAACGAGGUGUUCUUUCAAGAAAGCAUUCUCUCCCAGAGGAUAUGAAGUUUGAGAAGAAGCCCCGGAUUGUCCUGCCGUGGUGGUGUGUGUAUAUCGCGUGGUUCCUGGUGUUCCUCACGUCUGGCGUAUCUUCAUUCUUCAUCGUCUUCUAUGGCCUGACUUAUGGGUAUAACAAGUCGGUGGAGUGGCUCUUUGCAUCGGUCUGUUCGUUCUGUCAGUCGGUUCUCCUGGUGCAGCCCGUGAAGAUUCUCUUGAUGUCAGGUUUCAGGACCAACCGGCUCAAGUAUUCCAAGAACCUUUCAUGGUCGGGCAAGUACCGCUAUACGGAGAUCCUACUGCAACAGGUGAAUCUGAGCCCAGAAGAGAUGGAGCAGCUACACCAGCGCAUCGUGCACCUCCGAGGCUCGCGCAUGUACCAGCCCCUCACGGAGGACGAGAUCAGGAUCUACCAACGCAAGAAGAGGAUCAGAAGGAGAGCGCUCCUGUUUCUGAGCUAUGUCCUCACUCACUUUAUCUUCCUGAUUCUGCUCUUGCUCCUCAUCCUCUUGCUGCACCAUACAGACAGCUACUACUAUAACCAGUUCAUCCGCACCCACUUCUCGGUGGGCCUCACGGGCGUGACGAAGCUGGACGACAUCUACAGAUGGCUCCGCAGCGUGCUCUUGCCUUUGCUACACAACGAGCAGAAGCCCACCUUUCUCCUUGACAGCUCCUCGAAGAUCCUCGGACUUCCACUCAUGAGGCAAGUGAGAGCAAAGCCUAACUACAAAAGGUGCCCACCUGCUCAAAUCCUGGUACAAGACGGCAUCCCUGGGGAAAUCCAUUGUCAUGCUGAGUAUGGCGUGGACUCAGAAGACACGAAAAGCUAUUCUAUCUAUUGGAAAGGCGACGGUAUCCUGCCCACUGAUAAGAACACCAAUGGAUUUACUUAUAAGCCUCCAGGCAAGAAAUGGGCAUAUUAUUCCUAUGGGGUGUUCAACACCUACGGUUCUGGAGGAUAUGUGUUCUAUUUCUUUCCAGAAAAGCAGAAGUUUAAUUCCACUGUAAGGCUCAAGGAACUCGAAGAAAGGAACUGGCUGGACAGAAGGACGUGGGCUGUCAUGGUGGACCUCUCCACUUUGAAUACAGAUGCUGGCCUGCUCUGUAGUAUCUCCGUGGUGUUUGAGAUGUCUCAGUUAGGGGUGGUCAACUCCAGCCUGUCCGUGUACUCCUUCUCACUCGCUGAUUUCAACAUAGAAACGUCGGCAGAAAUCUACCUGUACAUGGCCAUUCUCAUUUUCUUUUUAGCCUACCUUGUCGACGAGGGCUACGUCAUUACGCAAGAAAGAGCCGCCUACGUAAGAAGCGUGUACAAUCUACUCAACUUUGCUCUGAAAUGCAUCUUCACCGUGCUCAUUGCGCUGUUCCUCUGGAAGCACUUCCUGGCUGUCCGCAUGAUUCGGUUCUACCUGGCGGAUCCUGAGAACUUCAUUCCCUUCCAUGCGAUUUCUGAGGUCGAUCACAUCGUCAGGGUGACGUUGGCUUUCUUGCUAUUUCUCACCAUUCUGAAGACACUCAGGUACUCCAGAUUCUUCUACGACGUGCGCCUGGCUCAGAGGGCUGUCCAGGCCGCCCUCCCCAGCCUCUGCCACAUGGCUUUAGUGGUGUCUGUGUAUCUCUUCGUGUACAUGGCUUUCGGUUACCUGGUAUUUGGGCAGCAUGAAUGGAAUUACAGUAACUUGGUCCAUGCCACGCAAACCAUAUUCUCGUAUUGCGUCUCGGCUUUCCAAAAUACUGAAUUUUCCAGCAACAGGGCUCUGGGUGUGCUGUUCCUCUCAUCCUUCAUGUUGGUGAUGAUCUGUAUCUUGAUCAACUUAUUUCAGGCAGUCAUCUUGUCUGCCUAUGAGGAGAUGAAGCAGCCUGUGUAUGAGGAGCCGUCAGAUGAGGUAGAGGCCAUAGCCUACCUGUGUGGCAAGCUACGAGCUACAUUUAGCUUCCUGAUAUCCCCGUCCAGGAAGAAGGGCGAGCCUGACUUCUUUGACGAUAUGUUAUACGGACAGCCAGAAAAAAACAGCCGCCGGUACCUGGGGCUGAAGACCAGAAACAUUAAUGGGAAGAAAAUGGUUUACCUCGUGGUUUGAUCAGUGAGAGGUUCAAGAGCCUUGAGCAAGAAUGCCCCCCCCCCCGCAGUGUGUA